AACAUACACAAGCCCUUUUACAUUAAGUUGAAUGUUGAAGUAGACUUUUCCCUGUUAAUUUUUAAAUUUUGCAUGUAAUAUUUUAUAUUAAAGCAACAUAAAUAUUGCAGUUUCCAGGGAUCACGCAGGAGACACUGAAGAUGUCUGGCAUAGGGAAGGCAAUCAUGUAUCUCUACAAGCAUCCCAGGGAGACUAAGGAAAACAAGGAGCGGGCUGGCAAACUCAUCAAUGAAUGGGCUCGCCCUAUAUUCAAUGUCUCCACUGAUUUCAAAGCUAUGACCAAAGAGGAGAGAGUACAGCGUGAUUUAGAACAGAUGCCCAAGAGGCGGUGCACGUUGGAUGAGGAGGAGCGCCAGGCCAAACAGGACAUCAAUAAGGCUUUCUCAUCUGGGGAGGCAGAGGGCAAGCCAUUACGUCCAGGAGACAAAGGAUGGGUGGCUAGGGCUCGUGUUCCACGACCUUCUAACAAAGACUACGUGGUACGACCCAAGUGGGAAAAUGAGACAGAUAUUAGCAGGGUGAGUGACAUUUCAUUUCAUAUAGUUCUUUUUGCAAAACAUUGUUUAUAUGCCAUUGCCAGACUUAAGAGCUCACAAAACUCCAUUAGCCUCCCUUUACAAGGUUCUCCUCUGAUCAUGUCGUUGGUAAUGCGAGGAACUGUCAUUCACCUAACACAAUUUUUAGGUAUUUGGGAAGCAGCUGUGUGGAUAAUACUUGCAUAGAAGGCAUCAGGAGCAUGUUAUGAUAUUAAUUCAAAUUCUGUGUGCAUUAAAAUUUUUUAUACUGUGUAAGAAGAAAAUGUUAUAUAAAUACUACUACUACAAAAGACCAAAAAAUGAUAAAUUAUAUUAAUGUCCUGCUCUAUAAAUCUAUAAAAGUACUCAUAAUGACUUAUACAACUUUAAUAGCAUGAAAAGUGUGUUACAUACUUUCAGUUGCUGGCAUUCUUCACUGAUGCUGUCAGUGCCAUCUGAAUUGCUGUUAUUAUCAAUGUUCCAAACUGUGAUGCUGGCACUUUUGAAAUGCUAACAUUUUUUCUUCACACACAUCUUCUAUAAAUAUUGUUUCCUUCAAAAAUAUGUCUGACUAUUCUAAGCUUGUGUUGAGUUCUUGGAUUCAAAUUUCUCUCACAAUUUCUAAUGUCUGCAGAUGGCACAUUUCACUUGACGUCACAGAAUCAAAUUGUUGCCUGUCGUAUAAAUGUAAAGAAAACUUUCUUUCUACUUCUGGAAAUUUUUAUUUUUGCUUGCCGAAAGCUAGCCAA